GCGGCGGCGGCGGCGGCGGCCUGUUCCGCGCGGGGCAUGGUCCCCGGGUCGGAGGGCCCGGCCCGAGCCGGGGGCCUGGUGGCCGACGUGGUGUUCGUCAUCGAGGGCACGGCCAACCUGGGGCCCUACUUCGAGGCGCUCCGCAAGCACUACCUGCUGCCGGCCAUCGAGUACUUCAACGGCGGGCCGCCCGCCGAGACGGACUUCGGCGGAGACUAUGGAGGGACCCAGUACAGCCUCGUGGUGUUCAACACCGUGGACUGCGCCCCCGAGUCGUACGUGCAGUGUCACGCGCCCACCAGCAGCGCCUACGAGUUCGUCAGCUGGCUGGACGGCAUCAAGUUCAUGGGCGGGGGCGGUGAGAGCUGCAGCCUCAUCGCCGAAGGCCUCAGCACGGCCCUGCAGCUGUUCGACGACUUCAAGAAGAUGCGGGAGCAGAUCGGCCAGACGCACCGAGUGUGCCUGCUGAUCUGCAACUCCCCCCCGUACCUGCUGCCCGCCGUGGAGAGCACCACGUACUCCGGCUGCACGACCGACAGCCUGGUGCAGAAGAUCGGGGAGCAGGGCAUCCACUUCUCUGUCGUGUCCCCCCGCAAGCUGCCUGCGCUGCGACUUCUAUUUGAGAAGGCGGCGCCCCCGUCCUUGCUGGAGCCACUGCAGCCUCCGGCCGACGUGAGCCAGGACCCGAGGCACAUGGUGCUGGUGCGGGGCCUCGUGCUGCCUGUUGGGGGUGGCUCGGCGCCAGGCCCCCUGCAGCCAAAGCAGCCGGUCCCGCUGCCUCCCGCUCCGUCCUCCGGUGCCGCGCUCUCAGCAGCCCCCCAGCAGCCUCUGCCGCCCGUGCCGCCGCAGUACCAGGUCCCUGGGAACUUGAGUGCAGCUCAGGUUGCCGCCCAGAACGCCGUGGAGGCCGCCAAGAACCAGAAGGCUGGCCUGGGCCCCCGCUUCUCGCCCAUCAACCCUCUCCAGCAAGCUGCCUCGGGAGUGGGUCCCCCCUUCAGCCAGGCCGCUGCUCCCCCACUCCCUCCAGGACCCCCUGGUGCCCCCAAGCCACCGCCUGCUUCCCAGCCUAGCCUGGUCUCCACUGUGGCCCCUGGCCCGGGGCUGGCGCCCUCUGCCCAGCCUGGGGCACCGUCCAUGGCCGGCACAGUGGCCCCUGGAGGGGUGAGCGGCCCCUCCCCGGCCCAGCUGGGGACCCCAGCCCUCGGCGGGCAGCAGUCGGUUUCCAACAAGCUCCUGGCCUGGAGCGGGGUCCUUGAGUGGCAGGAGAAACCCAAACCCGCCUCGGUGGACGCCAACACGAAGUUGACGCGGUCCCUGCCCUGCCAGGUCUACGUGAAUCACGGGGAGAACCUGAAGACCGAGCAGUGGCCUCAGAAGCUGAUCAUGCAGCUCAUCCCCCAGCAGCUGCUGACCACCCUGGGCCCGCUGUUCCGGAACUCGAGGAUGGUGCAGUUCCACUUCACCAACAAGGACCUGGAGUCCCUGAAGGGGCUCUACCGCAUCAUGGGCAACGGCUUCGCCGGCUGCGUGCACUUCCCCCACACGGCCCCGUGCGAGGUGCGCGUGCUCAUGCUGCUGUACUCGUCCAAGAAGAAGAUCUUCAUGGGCCUCAUCCCCUACGACCAGAGCGGCUUCGUCAACGGCAUCCGGCAGGUCAUCACCAACCACAAGCAGGUGCAGCAGCAGAAGCUGGAGCAGCAGCGAGGGAUGGGGGCACAGCAGGCACCCCCAGGGCUGGGCCCCAUCCUGGAGGACCAGGCGAGGCCCUCGCAGAAUCUGCUCCAGCUCCGCCCACCGCAGCCCCAGCCUCAGGGCACCGUGGGGGCCUCUGGAGCCACGGGGCAGCCCCAGCCCCAGGGUACUUCCCAGACCCCCCCGGGGGCCCCCCAGGGUCCUCCUGGAGCAGCGCCCGGCCCGCCCCCUCCUGGACCCAUCCUGCGGCCCCAGAACCCUGGAGCCAACCCCCAACUGCGAAGCCUCCUCCUCAACCCUCCCCCGCCCCAGACGGGGGUGCCCCCACCCCAGGCCUCCCUCCACCACCUCCAGCCACCAGGGGCUCCCACGCUGCUGCCCCCACCGCACCAGGGCCUGGGGCAGCCCCAGCUGGGACCCCCGCUCCUGCACCCGCCACCCACUCAGUCGUGGCCGGCACAGCUUCCCCCGCGGGCUCCACUGCCAGCGGCAAAGCGAAAGCGAGAAGGCGAGGGCCGCGUGUUUCGAGAGAAGUGGGAGCGAGACUAUUUCUUUGUGGAGGUGAAGAGCCUGCCUACGUGCUUAAUAUGCAAAAAAAUCGUGUCUGUGCUGAAAGAGUACAACCUGAAGCGCCAUUACGAGUCCAAACACAGCAAGAGCUACGACCAGUACACGGCGCAGACGCGCGAGGCCGUGCUCAACGAGCUGAAGAAGGGGCUCGAGUGCCAGUAGGCGUCCCCGGCCGCGACCGCCACGGCACCGCCCGGGCCACUUUAUUUAUUCGCGGUGUGGAGCGCGUUGGUGUUGGUGGGACCCUGGAGGUCAGACGCCGCCCCAGGCGGGCCCCGGCCGGGAAGUGACUUUGGUGUCUUGAAGAUGGCAAGUACCGUGGACUGGCCCGGGGUCUCCAGCACAGCCACGGUGGUGGCAGUGACCUGUGCGAGCCACCAGGAUGCCUGGGUCCCAGGACAGAACUCGGGCCCUCGCGCCCCGGACACCUCGACACCGCCCCGGGCGCCGGCGGGUGUCCCCUGAGCUGCUGAAGUCCACUGAGCUGGUUCAUGACCACCCGGGGCCCCCCCCUCAGGAGCGCAGUCGGGGUCCCGGCUCCUGUGACCACUGCUUUCUGUAAGGACGUCACACGCAGCGACUUGAAUGUGUCCUCACGUUUGCCCCGGCCAGCAACGCCGCGACAGCCGACGGCGGGGACGCCCGGACGUGGGGAGCCCGCUGAGCACCGGCCGCUGCCCUCGCUUCUGCCGCCCAGCGCUCAGGGGCCUGAGCCCCGGGCCGCUCCCCGCGCCAGGGGCCGAGGGGCCGAGGCGGAGCCCGGGCCCGCACCAGCCUUCGGCUUCAAGUCAGAGGAGCAAGAGAAUUAUGGAAGAGAAGACAAUUUUAAUAAGUAAAUCUCUCUAUUUUUCGAUCUGUAUUUUUUCAAUCUUGAACUGCGCACCUAGGCCGCAGUGCCCUGCGUGUUUGUAUUCUGUCCAUGCGUUGGCCACCGUUCAGUAAAGAUACCAUUUGAUUA